UUAAUCUCUGUCAUUCUCAAACAAUCGCACCCUUUGGUCAUCUGUGGGAAAUGUCUGUAGCUUCUGCGUCUCUCUGCUGGACUUUACUGUCUGUCUGCCUCCUGCUCAUCUCUGCAGACCAGAAAAACAUCACAGCUGAAUCUGGACAGGACGUCACUCUGACAUGUCGAGCUCCAAACAACAACAUCACAGUUUUAGAGUGGAGCAGAGCUGACCUGGGAAAUGAAAAUGUGCUUUUGUACCAUCUAGAGCAGUUUGAUCCAGAAAACCAGCAUCCAUCUUUUAAGAACCGGGUGGAUCUGCAGGACAGACAGAUGAAGGAUGGAGACGUGUCUCUGAUUCUGAAGAACGUGACGAUUAAUGAUGCUGGAAGAUACGGGUGUCGUGUCAUCACAAGAGGAACAGGAUGUAAUCUGGGUGUCACCAUCAUCAACCUUCAUGUUGAUCCAGGUCAGACAGGAGGACAAGAGAAGGAUGAAGACAACAAAGAUGGAGGAAAGGAAGACAAAGAGAAGGAGGAUGGAUCUGUUGGACUGAUAGUUGGUCUGUCAGUUUCUGCUGUGCUUCUUCUUCUUGUUGCUGUUGUUGGUUUCUUUAAGUGCAGAAAAAAGAAUCUGAAUCCUGCUGAUCCACAUGAAUUAGAGCAUCUUCAGCUUCUACAGCAUGAUUGUGAGUCAGAUGAACAAACACAAAGAUAAAUAAAUGAUGGUGAACAUCCAACAGACGGCU